CUGCCUUUUCAAAUACCACUAUUUAUAUGGAACGCUCCACGAAAAAUUAAAAAUGCAUAUAAAGAAUAUGCCGAAUUCCGUCACCAGGAAAUAAAACAGAAGAAAAGGGAAGAAGAGGAAGCUAAAAUAAUUGAUAUGCAAAAGACACAGUUAUAUGAAGAAAAAUUAAAGUUAAAAGAAUUAAGAAAACGUAAAGUUAUUGAAAGACCCCCUGAAAAAAGUGAUGCCGACUUAGAAGGCUACUCACAGCUUAAGAAACGAGAUUUAAAUCUUGGUGACAUUGUUAAACCAGUAAAUGAAAAGGUGCAAAUCAGCGGAGGAUUUUGGACAGAUGACGAUAUUGCGCAAUUAGUUAGUUUAGUGAAAAAAUACUCUUCUGGGGUUCCGCGAAGAUGGGAAACAAUAUCUGAAAUAAUGGACCGUUCAAUUUCCGAAAUAACAUUUAUGUCCGCAAAAUUGAAAGAAAACAGCUAUAAAUCUUCAAUUAAUUCAAUUGAUAUGGCAACACCGAAUAUGGGGGAAAUUCCGAUAAUACCACUCGAAGGCAAAAAAACUGGAAAUGGAAAUAUAUUUGUACCACAAAAAGAUUGGUCACAAACUCAACAAAAAGCCUUAGAAGAUGCAAUUACUUUGUAUAAAAAUUAUCCACAAACUGAAAAGUAGAUCAGAAUAGCGGAAUACGUUCCCGAUAAAACAAAAGAUGAAUGUCAGUCACGCUAUAAAUUUUUAGUACAAUUAGUUAAAACUACAAAAAGUAGUAAAGACAAUGAUGGUAAUAAAUUAAAACAGAAUAAUGGUACACAAAGUGAUAGCGCUGAAAAUUCAGAAAAUUCUGAUCAUCUACAGGGUAAUGAUUGUCUUGAUAACACAAAGACUUUAAUUGAAAAGAAAUAUGGUGGAAAAAAAAGAAACUUGCGGAAGCAAAGGAAAAAAAUUGAUGCUGAACUAUACGAAGACAGUGACAUCUCAUGUUGAAAUACAUGUUUAAAUUUUUGUAAAAAAUAUAAAGAUUAAAUAAGAUCGAAUUUCAAUAUUAAACUGCAUUUAAUGUUGUUA